UAAAAAGGUACACAAAUGAGGAUGUCUGUUCUUUGUGUUGUUUAUUUUGCGUUUCGGUAAUACACGACGUCGCUUUAAUGCCUUUGCUUUCACUUUCAUGGUAACGGUAUAAGUCGUUACGUCGCGGCUCGUCUAAUUAAAAAUUCAUGGUAAAGAAGAAACGAGUUCUUACGAUAGAAUGCGAUCCACCCAGAUUACUCACCACUAGCUUGGAUGGGCUCUGAACGGCCUAGUACCAAGCGUUCGGUGUCUAGUUUAUUGUAAAUUUACCUUUGAUAGAGUACAAAAUGCCGGACGCGGUCGAAGAAAACUUAUCUAGAGUGUUGAAAGGCUUACCGUUGGAAGGAGAAGAAGCGGAGAUAUGCGAUUUUUCGUUGGCCGAACAGAACGAAGCCCUGGAAUCCCAGGGGAUUCAGCCGUCGGUAGACCCGAAUUUCAAGCCGGUAGUCGGGGAGACGGUAGUUUACAUCGUGGCGUGCGUGAUUUUUAAUGAAGCAGGAGAAGUUUUGAUGAUGCAGGAAGCGAAACAAACCUGCGCGGGCAAAUGGUAUUUGCCGGCCGGGAGGAUGAAAAAGAGCGAAACUAUUGAAGAAGCGGGCAAACGGGAGGUCAAGGAGGAAACCGGACUCGAAAUGGAAUGUACUACACUUCUCAUGGUAGAAUCAGCGUCCGGCGUUUGGACGCGGUUCGUGAUGACCGGCAAAAUCGUCGGGGGCAUUUUAAAAACUCCGGCUCAGGCUAAUAAAGAAUCACUCCAGGCCAAAUGGGUCGCCGAUAUAAGCGAGCUGAGUCUUCGGGCGACCGAUAUCACACACCUGAUCGAGACGGGCAGGGUGUACUUGGAGGCCAAAAAAAAGUCGGAUCCGGCGUGGCACAGGGACCAGCUCCCUGCGCUCCGCCCCCACUCACGUCUCUUGUUGCGGCUGGUCGUGUUGGUGAAAAAGAAAUCCACAAACAGGGUUCACAUACUGCUCAGCGAACGUACGUCAUGGCAUCUGCCCGUAUGCGAGAUUAACCCCCAAAAAAGCUUCCACUCCACCCUCAGGAGGUUUAUGGUGGACUUGUUCGGCGCGGAGGUGCCACCCCAUAGACCGUACGGUCUUUUCUCUGUGGAACACGAUCCGCGGAGUGGCAGGGACGGCGUCUGCUUGACCCUCCUGGUGGCCUUUAGGGCACCGUUGGAGGAGGUGCCCAUCAUAGGGAAAUGCGUGUGGCACGAAAUAUCCAGGGAUCUGGGCGACGGAUUGCUGCAGAAGAUGGCUUCCAAGCGUUCCCUAGUCGAACUCCACGUUAUCCGAUAAAUUAUUAUAUAUUUAUUUUAUUUAUUUGUAUUAAAAUUAUCUAUAGGAACUGUUACUGGAGCGUUUGUUUUUUUUUAGCAUCUGGUGCGCACUUACGUAAUACGUAACGCUAUAUCUCCGGCGUAACCAACCAAGUUUCAAACUGUUGGUUGUGUUCCGAUGGUUGGGCGUGAAUUCGAAGUUAAGUUUAAAUAUAUAAAAUGAAUAAAAUUGAUAAGCCGUUAAAAAAGGCAUAAUUUACUACUUUUAGUUCUAAUGGCCACGGCUAAUAAAUAGUAAUAAUUUCAAACUCCUAAUUGGAGUAAUCUAUCAUCCUUCAGACGUGUUAAUGGAAUAAACUUCUAAAUAAUUAGUCAUAAAAUGACCGAUUCAUCUAACUGCUCCAGCAAUUAUCUCACACGCGAUAUCCCAUCCGGCUUGGGUACCCGCGUGGUUAUGAGAAAUCCGGCAACCGACCAAUACACAAUUCAAAUCCGUGGAUAUCUGCAUCAAAUACUAAUUCACAUAACUAUGCCUCUAACGAUUCAAUUAGAAGAUAUAUUAAUGAAAAUUUUAAUUCAAAAAAACGCAUAGCGCAGUUAUUACGAGUUAUGACGGAUAGUUCUUUCGCGAUAACAAUUAUGGGUUAUGAGUCUUG